AUGCCAAGAAAGUCUAUAGUUGAACUAAAGUCUCGCGAUAUAAGACUGAAAGAUACAAAAAGAAAAAUCGGUAAGAGCAAGCAGAGAAGAUUAUUUGAAUAUGAUAUACCUACAACAUCAAAUUUAAAAAUACAGGAAAGAAAUGGUUUUAAACUUAAAGUAAAUAGUGAAGAAGAUCCUAUAAUACUACAAGAAGAGAAAAAUGAGGACAGUGAUGGAGAAUGCGCGCAUCCAAUGUCAGGAAAGUUUCAAAGUAUCUUUUGCCCAAUUUGCAAUUUAGAUAUAUCUAAACUGGAAUUAUUUGAAAGGGAGACUCAUUGUGAAAAUUGCCUCGAGUCAAAUGAAGCUUCCACAAAUGUUUCAAAGCAUUAUAUCGAAGAAAGAAGGUAUACUGCUGUUGAUGAGAUUACUUUUCCUUCGAGUAUUGAAAGCAUAAAAAGUGACGGGGUUCAUGAAACUGUGAUUCUUAAUGAAGAAGAUCUUCUGGUUACUUUAUCUGAUGACAACGAGGAAGGUUUACCAUUUCAUCUUGCGGAUGACAUGGAAAAGAUACCAACGGGACCUUUUUUGGAACAAGAGGAUGAUCCUAUUAUCAUUGACAUAGCUAGUGAAGAAGAAGAGGUAAAAAAAACAAUAAAGCAUACAAUUAAGGGUAAUCAUACCAAGAUACGAAAAACAUUCACUGAAAAAUUGGUCAAGAAAAGGUCUUCUCAUUUUACCGUUAACAAAAGCUCUAAGAGAUCUACAAGAAAACAGGCACCCCUUCCGAGUGUUAAAAUAUUAAGUUUCAUAAAUGGGUUCAAAGUGGUAGUUGACGGAUUCAAUUACGAGGCAAAUUCACAGAUAAAUGAUUAUUUUCUGUCACACUUCCAUUCAGAUCAUUAUAUAGGUUUGAAAAAAUCAUGGGAUAAAGCUGACAAAAUUUAUUGUUCGCCAAUUACAUCCAAAUUAUUACAAUUCAAAUUCAAGAUUUCUGCAGAUAGAAUAGUUUCCAUACCCAACAGAGAAAAACACUGGAUAACCUCUAACAUUUCAGUUACACCUUUUGAUGCAAAUCAUUGCCCUGGUGCCCAAGUAUUUCUUUUCCAGGAGUGGGCUACCAAGGAUUCAUUAAAACCAAUGAAACAGAUAUUACAUACUGGUGACUUCAGAAGUAAUUCUCACUUAAUUAAUGAAAUACAUGAUUUUUUGAAAGUUUCGCGGAAUUUAACGAUAGAUGAAGUUUAUUUGGACACAACUUAUCUAUCACAAAACAAUAAUUUUCCAUCACAAUCUGAAAUAGUUACAAAGACAACAUCCUAUGUUAUAGAUUUUUUACAGAAACGCAACAAGAGGCAUAACAUUUUGUUGGGGAAGCCAAAGAAAAAAAUUAUAUUGGUUGGAUCGUAUUCGAUUGGUAAAGAGAAAUUAGCAAUUUCAAUCUCCCGAAAUUUAAAAUGUAAAAUGGUAGUUUAUAACAGUGAACUAAGAUCUGUUUACAUAAAUGAUCUUCUAAAAGACAUGAAAGAGAAUAGUGACUCUGAAACUGAAGUUCAUUUAGUACCCAUUAGAAUGAUAAAGGAUGAGGAUUCAAUCCUUAAAUAUUUGAAAGACAUCAUACAAUUGAAAUGGAUAGAAGUAGAAUUAAUAGGAUUAAUACCCACUGGAUGGACUAUGGCUAAUUCAUGGUGGGGGAUGAAGUAUCACAAAUUACCUUUGGAAAAUAAAUUCAAAAUUUCAUCCAAUAUAGAGGAAUUGUCACUUGAUGAUGAUUGGUAUAAGAAACAGGUUGAUACUUAUAAAAAAUUUCAAAUAUUUAACGUUCCUUAUUCAGAGCAUUCAAGUUUUACUGAAUUGGUUAACUUUGGUACCACUGAUAAAUUUAAGUGGGGCAAAAUUAUACCUACUGUAAAUUUACAUAGUUUAGAGAGGAUAACUGAUAUGGAUGAAUGGUUUAAAGUAUGGAAGAAGAUCAAUACUGAUAGAACAAAAGGAAUAUAUGAUUGUCUUUGA